AUGGAGCCAAUAACAAAAAGUAAGUCUAAACGUAGUAGCAAAAAAGGCAAAUCGAAAAUAUCUUUCGACGAAGAGCUGAUAACUAAAGAAGAUGCUAAAGUACUAGUUUCCAAAGAAAAGGAUAAUUUACUUCAGCAGCAAAACCAAGAGGAUAGUGAAAAGCCAAAAAAGAAACGAAAAAAGAACAAGGAUACUUCUAACGAAUCUAGAAACAAAACUGAAAACAAUGAAUCCAGCAAAUCAAAAAAGAAAAAAACAAAAAAUGAAGCAGAUUCCCAAACUCCAAUGGACACAGGAGACAAUAAUAAUCCAGAUGAAGAAGAAGAAGAAGUUUCAAAACAAACAAACAAGGAAGAAAAAAAGGAAUCAAAUAGAUCGAUAAAGAAAAGAAAACACGCCAAAAUACUGGAAGAAAAGAAAGUCCAAAUCGAACUGGAACUACAACAAAAAGCCUUAAAUUACUUAUCCAAAUGGAAACAUAGCAAGUCAGAAUGGAAAUUUGAAAAGCUAAGGCAAAUAUGGCUGCAACAAAACCUGUUUGAUUCCAGUAAAGUGCCAGAUGAAUUUUGGGACACUGUUGUACAGUAUUUUAAUGGUGCCCAGGGACAGUCGAGACAAACAGUUUUUGAUGAGGCUUUAAAGUUUAUCGAGAAUUCUUCAGAAGAGAAGACAGAUGAAGAAUAUCAAAUAAAAUUAAAACGAGCAAGGGAUGUUGUACAGAAUUUGGAGUAA